GACCCGCCGGGAGAGCCGCGGAGAAGAGCAGAAGCUAUCUGUGUCGGGAGCUGGAGCGCAGACCCAGGGGAAUCCCCUCGCCAUGAAGCUUCUGUUGUGCGUCGCGCUCCUGUGCUGGACCGCGGACAAGGCCAGAAGUGUGACUAUAACCACUACUGAAGAGAAGUUUGAAAAAGCCAAGGGGGAAACAGUUCAUUUGCCUUGCAAAUUUACAAUUGCCAAAGAAGAUGAAGAACCACUACACAUUGAAUGGAUUAAAUCACCAGCUGAUAACCAGAAGGUUGACCAAGAGAUAAUUUUAUAUUUUGGAGGCAAUAUUUAUGAUAGAUACGCUGAAGAUCUGAAAGGACGAGUUUAUUUUACAAGCAGUGAUCCCACAUUAGGUGAUGCAUCAAUAAAUAUGACAAAUUUACAAUUAUCAGAUAUGGGCACAUAUCAGUGCAAAGUGAAGAAACUUCCAGGUAUUGCAAACAAAAAGAUUCAGCUUUCCGUGCUUGUUAAGCCUUCAGGGACAAGAUGUUACAUUGAUGGAUCAUCAGAGAUUGGCAGUGACUUUAAACUAAAAUGUGAAUCGGAAGAAGGUUCACUUCCUCUAUACUAUGAAUGGCAAAGAUUGCCCAGCACAGAAAAGUUUCCUUUCAUGCCAUUAUCAGAUCUCAACCCAUCAGUUAUUUCUGUACGAAAUGCCACUCCAGAGUACUCGGGCACAUACAGCUGUACAGUUAAAAACAGAGUUGGUGUUGAUGAGUGCCUUUUGAGGGUGAAUGUUGUUCCUCCUUCCAACACUGCUGGUACAAUUGCUGGAGCUGUCAUAGGAACUUUGUGUGCCCUGUUGCUUCUGGGUCUUCUAAUAUUCUGCUGCUGUAAAAAACACAAGGAGGAAAAAUAUGAAAAAGAAGUUCAUCAUGAUAUCAGAGAGGAUGUUCCUCCUCCAAAGAGUCGUACAUCUACAGCCAGAAGCUACAUUGGUAGCAAUCAUUCAUCUCUGGGAUCAAUGUCUCCUUCCAACCUAGAAGGCUAUUCCAAAGCUCAGUAUAACCAAGUACCCAGUGAAGACUUUGAUCGUACUCCACAGAGCCCAAGUUUUCCACCAGCUAAGGUAGCUGCAUCUAACCUAAGUAGAAUGGGAGCUAUUCCUGUGAUGAUACCAGCACAAAGCAAAGAUGGGUCAAUAGUGUAGAACAUCUCAAACUUUGUUUCUUCAGAAAACAAAACUCUUUUCUGGAAAUAGGAAACAGCUGCCAACCUAAAAAUUGCUUUUGAAGAAAUAGAAUAAUUUAACUUGAAUUAAUAAAAAGAUGAUCUUCAAGAAAUUUUGUUUGACAAGGGUUUAAAUCCUACAUCGGACACUUAAGUACUGUGUGCAAGUCAUUUAAGCUUUCUUAGUUUGUUUCCUUGUGUUUUACAGGGUUGUGGUGAAGAACAAAUGCUACAAAGUGCUUUGUGAAUUUUAAAGUAUUACAUAAGUACUAGUCAUUGUGAUUAUAAAGAGGAGAUCAGAUAGACUCCUGAGGAGGAGGGGUCAGAAUUAAAAUUCCAGAUGAAAGAGUUUUUUUCUUAGGUUCCUUUAGAAACAACUGAUUUCACUGAUAUUAAUGUCUACUGUUCUAUAUGUAUACCAAGAAAAGCAAGAUUUACUGUUACCAUUUUUUUCUCAGCCAUUUUUUUGUAGCAAAUUAUAUAAAGCCCUACCAAAAUUUGAAGAGAAUGGCAAAAAUAGCUAAUUUUAAAUUGUAAAAUGACUCUAUCACACAGAAAUGCUACGAGAGUAGCUUUUUUUUUUUCUUUCUUUCUGGCUGUAUUCAGCAAUAAAGAAAGGAGCAGCUGGCUGAUUUCUACUAGUGCACUGUUCUUUUUAAACAAGUCACAUAUAUGGCAAUUGUUUUUAUUGGAAAGUUUAUCCACAUUAUUACCUAGUCUACCUCGUGUGGCCCGUAACAAACAUUUUACCCAUAAUUUUCAGGACUGAACAUUAGAGACUGAAGUGUAUUAAGGAAUAUGGUUUGUUGCCAUAUGUGCUUUUAACAUCUGAAGUAGCUAGCCCAGACUGAUCGAAUGGAGUUGUACCUGUACUUUUUUCAUUUGGCUGCCUGCUUCAGGCUGUGUGUUUAUGUGAAUAAAAUAAUUACUAAUAUGAUUUGUUUUUUAAUACAAUUAUAGAAUAAGUCUACCAAACCUACGUAAGGCUUUAUUUGUUUUUGUUUUUGUUUUUUUCCUGGUCCAUUCCGCCCCCCCAGAAAUGUGUAUGCCUGUAUUUACCUUCUUGAAUCAAAUUCCUAGGAGAGACAUUUUUUUAAAACCUCUGGAAAGUUUACUUUUAAAAGGAUUAAUCUUUUCCUCUGUGAAUAUUAUAAAUUGAUACUUUAGAGCCUGUAUGUUAUUAUCUUGCAGAAGUAGCUUUGUAUGAAACUUAGAGAAGUUGAGAUUUGGGGAGGUUUCCUACUUAGUUUUGUGAAAGUUAAUCAUUUUUAGCAAACUUAAGUAAAAUAUUUUUAACACCAGUAUGUUAGGAACAAAAGGACUAAUUUUAUUAGAAAAGAAUGUUUUUAUUGCUUUUUUUUUAAAGAAAGACUUCAGUUCUUUAGCAAAUAAGAUCUGAUUUUUAUUAAAUCCAGUGCUUUUUUUCCCUUAGAUUUUCAUAAGUACUUAGUUCUUGAUAAACUGAGUGCUUUGGUUGUAUAUAAAUAAAUGUUGUUGUGAACCUGGACUUAUGUACUGUAUCCUGUGUACAACUAAAUGGCUAUACUGUUUAAAUUUAAUUUUUUGUAUGUGUAUGGUUUUUACUCUAUACCUUAAUAUUAGAGCUAAGAUAAAUUUUCAUCUGUGCCUUUUUUCUGUACCCAUGAACUAUUACAUGAAAGGUGCUUAAGGGUGAAGGUACUGUUUUUUAAAAAGUACAUCACUGUGAUACCUUUCUACUUGCUUUUAAUAUACUGCCUUUUUCUACAUGUCCUUUUAAAAUAUUGUUUAAAUAUAUUUAAGGAAUUCGGUUUUUGUGUUUCUAAUUUCCAAUGCUAUUUUCUUAUGUUCCUAUGUUCUUAUUUCUUUUGACUGCUAGAAGUUGAGCUUAUUGUUUUAUAUUAAUACAAUUAGUGUAAGAAAUUUAUUAUGAAACACUAACUUUAAAAUUUGAUCCUCUUUUCUACCAAGGAACUGUCUAAAUACUAGGAAUCACCAUAGGGGAUUUUGUGGAUCAUAUAUAAGGCUGAUCAUCCCCUCCUGGAGAGUGUUUUUUCAUUUUCAGCUUAGAUAAACUACUAGAUCUUACCCUGGGGAAUUAUCCAGAAAUCAGCAUUCAAAAUUUGCAAAACAUUUUUCAUUUGUAUGUUCUAAGAUUUUUUUUAAAAACAAGAGCAGACAAUUUGUUCAUGCCUAUUGAACAUUGUCAUCCUAUUGCCUGACUUUUGCUACAACUCUACUCCAUAAUUCAAAUCAUUUUUGUAAUUUAAAAUUGAAGCUUAUAAACUUAGAAUUUAAAAGUGUACAAAUUCAUUCAUUUUUUAAAAAAUUAUCAUAUUUGAGACCCAGUAGAUGGGUCUCAAAUUACAUAAUGUGUGUGGCAUCUCCUUUCACAAGUAACUAAUAAAUAAUAACCAAUAACAUUUCUAGAUUCCUUUUGUGUUUGCAUGGGUACAAAUUUAAAGUAUCCUUUGUGAGCUGACUGUUUUUCUUUUCUUUUUGAACUGUGCAGACCACGUUUUUAAAAGCUGUAUUACAGUGUAAAUAAAAGGCAGAAAUUGUAUGUAGUUGAUUUUUUAGUGUUAGAUAAGGAAUAACUUGUAGCAUGUAUGAGUUGGCACAAUUUUAACUUUUCUAUGGUUUUUAGAAAUGUAUAUAUACCUUCACUGUGUUCAUAUAGUCCUUCUAUUUAGUACCAUAAUAAAAUGUUUUGGGCAAGUUUUAAAUCUAAAAGGAAACAAAGUUCCAAUAAAGCCAAUAUUUCACAAUAGAAUUUAUUACAGCAAUAAUAACAACAUAACUGUUGGUUUGUACUAUAAGCUUGGAAGAAUUAGCAAUAAAUUUAUGCUUCUGUUUAUACUUAAACUGUCAUUUCUAAUAAUUUGUUAGAGUAUCUUUAUAAUUAUGAAUACCAGUAAGUAUUGGUUGAGCCUGGACCAUUUCUCUCAAAUCACUUUUUGUUUUGUUUUAUUUUGGCUUAAGUAUAAUCAAACAAUCUUGUGAAUCCUAAAUUCUUUGUAUUUAUUUAUGUUCAUAUUGUUCUAGUCAGAUAUGUUUCAACUUUAAGUUAGUCUUGACAGUAUAAGAGUUAAAAGAACUAUAAUUGAUUAGUAAAUCAUUCUCCCUUACUAUAAACAAAAUUUUCAUAAGACAAUUACCCAUUUGCACUGGGAAAAGAUAUUUUGGUACACAUCACAUUGAACAAAACACAGGAUAUGACGAUGUCAGAUUUUGCAUUAAAAUUUCUGGUUUAAGUAUUUUAAAUGAAGCUUUUGACAUUUUAAAAUAGUUCCUCUAGUUUUAUGUUCAACUUAUGUACUUUUGAAAUAAAAUAAUUCAAGAAA